ACUCACUCCGCUCACCCCGCCCGGCCGCAGGGACCGAGAAACGGAGGCGGGACCAAGCUUAGGGAGCGGGUGCGAAGUGCUGUCCUCUGGGCCCGACUGGGCUCACUGUCCUCUGCCUCACAAGGGCGCGGUGACGGGUUGUUUCCGCAAGAGUGUCCUCCUUAAUUUGUUCACCCCUUCACUCCUUCACUCUCGAUCUUCCCGCCGCCGUCCCGUUCUUCCAGAAUGUGUCUGUCUACGCGUUCUGACCUAGUGCUCCCAAAUGUUUUUUGUAAACUCCCUGAGUUUAACCAUGGCAGGGAUGCCUGAAGUGGGAGAACAGCGCCCUUCCCUUUAUCGCAGCCGAGUCAACUACUCGGGAUCCCAACUGCCGCGGCCGGCCCAGCUCCCUGACCCUGGUGGCUGAGGACAGAGGGCAGUGACAGGCAACGGAGUGCAGCGGCGCAUUUAGCGACGCUCCCCGAAAGUGACAGCGGGUGGUGCUAGCGGCAGCAGACUUUGGCGACGCUCCCCAGCGGUGACAGGCGGGGCGGGGCAGCGGCGAGCCGGCCUCAUUUCGAGGCGGGCGGGCGCGGAGCGCUGUGCGGGUGCGACAGACCAUCUACCGGCCGGGGAUGCCGCUCGACGCGUCGUGGUCCUCGGUCCAGUGAGCGUCGCUCGCCGCAGCCAUGACGGUAGAGUUCGAGGAAUGCAUCAAGGACUCGCCGCGCUUCAGGGCAACCAUUGAUGAGGUAGAAACUGAUGUGGUUGAGAUCGAGGCUAAACUUGACAAGCUGGUCAAACUGUGCAGUGGCAUGAUUGAAGCUGGCAAAGCCUAUGUUACCACCAACAGACUCUUUGUGAGUGGCGUCCGAGAUCUGUCCCAGCAGUGCCAGGGUGACACUGUCAUUUCGGAAUGCCUGCAGAGGUUUGGAGACAGCCUGCAGGAGAUGGUCAACUAUCACACGAUCCUGUUUGACCAGGCCCAGAGAUCGGUGCGGCAGCAGCUCCACAACUUUGUCAAAGAGGAUGUGCGGAAGUUCAAAGAGACAAAGAAGCAGUUUGACAAAGUGCGGGAGGACAUGGAGUUGUCCUUGGUGAGGAAUGCCCAAGCCCCAAGGCACCGACCCCAUGAAGUAGAGGAGGCCACGGGUGCCCUCACUCUCACCCGGAAGUGCUUCCGCCACUUGGCACUGGACUAUGUGCUCCAGAUCAAUGUCCUCCAGGCCAAGAAGAAGUUUGAGAUCUUAGAUUCUAUGCUGUCCUUCAUGCAUGCCCAGUACAGCUUCUUCCAGCAGGGUUACAGCCUUCUACACCAGCUGGACCCCUACAUGAAGAAGCUGGCAGCUGAGCUGGACCAGCUUGUGAUUGACUCUGCAGUGGAAAAGCGUGAGAUGGAACGCAAGCAUGCUGCCAUCCAGCAACGGACACUGCUACAGGACUUCUCCUAUGAUGAGCCAAAAGUGGAGUUUGAUGUGGAUGCACCAAGUGGCGUGGUAAUGGAGGGCUACCUCUUUAAGAGAGCCAGCAAUGCCUUCAAGACAUGGAACCGACGAUGGUUCUCCAUUCAGAACAGCCAGCUGGUCUACCAGAAGAAACUCAAGGAUGCACUGACUGUGGUGGUAGAUGACCUACGUCUAUGCUCUGUGAAGCCAUGUGAGGACAUUGAACGGAGGUUCUGCUUUGAAGUUGUGUCACCUACCAAGAGCUGUAUGCUGCAGGCUGACUCUGAGAAGCUGAGACAGGCUUGGGUUCAAGCUGUGCAGGCUAGCAUUGCCUCUGCUUACCGGGAAAGUCCAGACAGCUGCUAUAGUGAGAGGCUGGACUGCACAGCGUCACCGUCAACAAGUAGCAUUGAUUCCACCACGGACUCUCGGGAACGUGGAGUCAAGGGCGAGAGCGUGCUGCAGCGUGUGCAGAGUGUGGCUGGCAACAGCCAGUGUGGCGACUGUGGCCAGCCAGAUCCUCGCUGGGCCAGCAUCAACCUGGGUGUGCUGCUCUGUAUUGAGUGCUCAGGCAUCCACAGGAGCUUGGGUGUUCACUGCUCCAAGGUACGGUCCCUGACACUGGAUUCCUGGGAGCCAGAGCUGCUAAAGCUGAUGUGUGAGCUUGGAAAUAGCACCAUGAACCAGAUCUAUGAGGCCCAGUGUGAGGGCCCAGGCAUUAGAAAACCCACAGCCAGUAGUUCCAGGCAGGACAAAGAAGCAUGGAUCAAGGACAAAUACGUUGAAAAGAAGUUUCUGCGGAAGUUGACCUCUGCACCAGUCCGGGAAGCCCCAAGACGCUGGAGGGCACAGAAGUGCCAGCGCCCUCUCAGCUCCCCCCACGCCCCUACUGCCCGCCGCAAGGUCCGGCUUGAGCCUGUCCUGCCCUCCAUCGCUGCUUUGUCCUCAGCUGGCACUGUGGAGCGCAAGUUCCGCCGAGACUCCCUCUUCUGCCCUGAUGAGCUGGACUCCCUCUUCUCUUACUUUGAUGCAGGGGCUGCUGGGGCUGGUCCACGCAGUCUAAGCAGUGACAGUGGUCUUGGAGGUAGCUCUGAUGGCAGUUCAGAUGUUCUGGCCUUUGGCACAGGCUCUGUGGUGGACAGUGUCACUGAGGAAGAGGGUGCUGAGUCCGAGGAGUCCAGCAGUGAGGUAGAUGGAGAAGCUGAGGCCUGGAGCCUGGCAGAUGUACGCGAGCUGCAUCCUGGGCUACUGGCACACCAAGCAGCACGUACCCGUGACCUCCCUGCACUGGCUGCAGCACUGGCCCAUGGAGCUGAAGUCAACUGGGCUGAUGCAGCAGAUGAGGGCAAGACACCACUGGUGCAGGCUGUGCUAGGGGGUUCCUUGAUUGUCUGUGAGUUCCUUCUGCAAAAUGGAGCUGAUGUGAACCAAAGAGAUAGCCUUGGCCGGGCACCCUUGCACCAUGCUACACUCUUGGGCCACACUGGCCAGGUCUGUCUAUUCCUGAAGCGGGGGGCUGACCAGCAUGCCCUGGACCAGGAGCAGCAGGAUCCAUUGACCAUCGCCAUUCAAGCAGCGAAUGCUGACAUUGUCACAUUGCUUCGCCUGGCCCGCAUGGCUGAGGAGAUGAGAGAAGCUGAGGCAUCCCCUGGCCAGCCAGGCCCGUUGCCGGGCAGCAGUCCUACAGAGCUGCAGUACCGCAGGUGCAUCCAGGAGUUCAUUGGCCUCCACCUGGAGGAAAGCUAGGGCCUGGCAGGCCGGGCAGCUGAGGGACCCCUGCCCUGACCCCAGCCUACCCGGCCCAGAAAUCCUGCAUGUCCCUGAAGAUCCUAGCCCCUCAUCUAGCCACAGCCCUGCCUGUGACAGCUGUGGCCCAUCCCGACAGCCCAGGACCUUGGCAUUUCUGGAGUCCCCACUCUCUUGCUCUCCCCUCCUUCUGGCUACUUUAAUGCUCAGCCAGAGGACAGGGACCCAAGCACUGAAUCUCUUGAAGCCCCACAUUUGGGGGAUGGGGGGUGCUGCAUCACCUGUUGCCCCUCAUUUCACCUGGGGAACCUCUGUCUUCAGGUGGUCCUUUCUUCAGGGGUCUGGGCUGUCCAUGGCACAAACCACUCUUGAGGUCCAUGUCACCUUGUACCCCUCUGCCCUCAGGGCCUAUUUCACCUUGUGCCCCUAUGUUUACUGCCCCAGAACACUGACCUGCUAGUUAGGUCCUUCCUACAUACCCCCAGAGCCCUUCCUCCAGCCUGGGGCUGGUGGCUGGCCACCAGCACCUUCCCUGGCAGGAGUGGCAGCCCACCCAGGGAAUCAACCUGAGUACCUCGCUCAGUGACCCCAGCAUCCAGGUUGGGCUUUGAAGGUGCUGGGAGGUGGAACUCUGGCCCAGGCCUUCCACCCAGGCUGGACGCAGGCGUCCCAAGGCCAUGUGGCUGGCCACUUGGGUCCUGGUGCCUGAGGGGCUAAAUCCAUCCCUGCCUUCUCCAGAGGCACUGUCUGGUUUACCUGGGCCAGAGCCCAUGCCUAAAGCAACUGGCACUUUCCACCUUGUGCCCAAUGUUCUUUGUUACUGACUGAGAGGAUUUUCUACAACGACCUCAUUCUGACUUUGUCUGCGUCUUUUUUCUGUGGACUCUCAAGGACCAUCCUGAUCUCAGCUCUUCCUGCUGCUGGGGAGGCCCACAUAGAUCUCCCUUGCCCUGCCCCCAAGCUUCACUCCUUGGGCUGGGCCUCUGAUAGGUCCAGUGGUCCCUUAUUUGGGGGGCCCACCAAUGCCUUCAACUUCCCUUUUUCUGAAGGAGUUCCAGGAUAGAGGCUGGGCCCCUCUGCAUACCAUGGAGCCCUUGGUUAGGUCAAGGGCACUCAGCUGAUCACUAUGCAAACACUGCCCUGGGAGCCCCCAUGGGCAGUAAGGUAGGCACUGGAUCAGGGCCUCUGACUCCCUUGCUUGAUGGCUGUGGCUCUAAAGAGCAGAAUCGGCUUCUUCCUCCUGCUUGAGCUCUGCCCACCACCUACCCUGCCACCUUUGGGCUGGCAGGACCCCACUCCUUCCUGCUCUGAUCACUCUCACUUAAUAAACCUCUGCCGCUUGCA